AUGGUUAAAUGAGGAGCGUCAUAAUUAUUAUCCAGGGUUUCGUGAACAUUACCGUCAUCCAUGGAGAAAAAGGGUUCUGGAAGAAGAAUUAGUAAAAAUGAAGGAUAUUCAACAAGAGGAAAGAACAACAUACUUUCAAACUAAAAGUAGAGAUGCUGGUUUCAAUGGACUUAGUUUACUACACCGUCUUAAUCCAUUAUAUGGUUUCAACAUCUUAACUGAUUUUGUGAUUGAUGCAAUGCACUUGUUACCACUUAAUAUUGUGAAAAAUCAUUUAACUAGAGUAAUAACUGGUGGAUACGUGGAUGAACGUGAAUUGAAAAGUAAAUUGAAGGAAAUGCCAUGGACAACUGACUACAAAGCCUCAAGACUACCUACAAACUAUGAAUACCUUGGAUCUUGGAAGGCAGAAGAGUUUCAAAAAUUUGCCUUUCCUGCAUCUGAAUUUGUGUUCCAUGGAAUACUUUCAGAAGACCAGUAUCAAAUAUGGGCUCCAGUUCCUAGACUGGUUGAAUUUGUUUUUAAUGCUGGAAGAGAUGGCUGGACAGCUGAUAUGAUUCAAAACUUUAACAAUCUAUCUUGGCGUUAUUGCAUUCUCAUGGAGGAAAAUUUUGGAACCCAAGCCUGCACAAUUAACUUGCAMAAUUUAAUUCACUUUCAUGAAGAUAUUGCUAGAUUUGGUGCUCCUGAUAACUUUUGGUGUACACACUUUGAAAGAGCUGUCUCUCGCUAUGUCAGGCAGUCUAGCAAUAGGAAGCACUUGGAAAAAAACAUUUGCAAGAAAAGAGUCUCAAAGAGAAUUUCUCAAGUUUCAAAACCUAAAUAAUCUGAAAUCAUACCGAACAUCAAAAGUUCCCAAAGUCCACAGAGAAAAGGUUGUAGCAAAUUCUCUAGAGGGAGCUAAACAUCUGGUUAAAUUGUGUGCAAAUAGCCAAGAUGCAACAAAAGUUAACCAAGGCGUAUUUAUUGGCUCUGGGAGGGCAUAUCACCUUACAAGGGGUGAAAUGGAUGAUAUAGAUGAGUACUUAUCAGAUGUUCAACCAUGUGAAAUCAAWGAAGCUGCUGAAAGUUAUCGCAGUGCAUUUCUUCCAACACAUCAGAUUGAGUCGGGUGGGAAACUGUACAGGUUAGGUGAUUUUGCCAUAGUAAACCAUCAAGAAACUGAUAUCUACUUGCGCAUUAGUGAUUUUCUGCUUGUUUAUGUUAAUGAUGAACCCUAUCAUCUCAUUGUUGGUGACACUUAUCAGACUUUGGUAAAUGAUGAAGGUGAAAUCAUCCAUCAUCCGUUUAGUGACACUCUUUUUGUUAAACCAUUUGAACCUGGUYGCUGUUUUAGUAUUAGAGAUAUUCAAAGAGAAAUAAUGCUCUUUCCACAAGAUGGAAAUUAUGCAAUUGUGGAUCCAUAUAGAAAGAGUGUUCCUUUACCUUUUGUCAUUGUCCCUGCUUAUCCCKAGGUAAAUGAUAUGAUCCUUGUAAAAGGUGCAAAUGAUGAAAUUUGGCAUGCUCAAGUGAAGCAUGUACUAUUUACUCAGAKAAUUGUAAAAGGRUAUUUCUACAUAAAGCAUCGCAGUUGGAACACAAACAAAAUGUGGGUAAAAGAAAGCCACACAAAUCAAAUGGACAACAUUAACUUUGGAAGCAUAUUAAGUAUUGCCACUGGAGAAUGGCAUGGAAAUUCUUGGAAAGAGUUAUAAACUUUAAGGUAGAUAGACACACUCAGACAGAUGAUGACCGACUUAAUCAGAAUUACAGAUCAAACUACCGGUACUGUAGUCUGAAUUUCUCUGAUUUUUACUGGAGGUUGAACAAAAAAAAAUGGUUAUUUUUUGGUAUUUCAUACAAAAUGCAAACUUGUUUUUUUGGUUCAUCAUAAAUACAAGGUAGACACAAAAUUGGAUUUUUACAAAAAACAAUUAUGGUUAUUUUUUGGCUAUUUCAUCCAAAUUUGGAUUUACAA